AUGGGGCGCGGCAGCGGCACCUUCGAGCGUCUCCUAGACAAAGCAACCAGCCAGCUUCUGCUGGAGACCGACUGGGAGUCCAUCCUCCAGAUCUGUGACCUCAUCCGCCAGGGGGACACACAAGCAAAAUAUGCCGUGAGCUCCAUCAAGAAGAAAGUCAAUGACAAGAACCCGCACGUGGCCUUGUACGCCCUGGAGGUCAUGGAGUCGGUGGUGAAAAACUGCGGCCAGACGGUGCACGACGAGGUGGCCAACAAGCAGACCAUGGAGGAGCUGAAGGAGCUGUUGAAGAGGCAGGUGGAGGUGAACGUCCGAAACAAGAUUCUGUAUCUGAUCCAGGCCUGGGCACAUGCCUUCCGGAAUGAGCCCAAGUACAAGGUGGUCCAGGACACGUACCAGAUCAUGAAGGUGGAAGGACACGUCUUCCCAGAGUUUAAGGAGAGUGACGCCAUGUUUGCUGCAGAGAGAGCCCCCGACUGGGUGGAUGCCGAGGAGUGCCACCGCUGCAGGGUGCAGUUUGGGGUGGUGACCCGCAAGCACCACUGCCGGGCGUGCGGCCAGAUCUUCUGCGGCAAGUGCUCCUCCAAGUCGUCCACCAUCCCCAAGUUCGGCAUCGAGAAGGAGGUGCGCGUGUGUGAGCCCUGCUACGAGCAGCUGAACAGGAAAGCAGAAGGAAAGGCGGCGUCCACGGCAGAGCUGCCCCCGGAGUACCUGACCAGCCCCCUGGCCCAGCAGUCCCAGCUGCCCCCCAAGCGGGACGAGACGGCCCUGCAGGAGGAGGAGGAGCUGCAGCUGGCCCUGGCGCUGUCGCAGUCGGAGGCCGAGGAGAAGGAGAGGAUGAGACAGAAGUCUGCCUACGCCGCUGCCACGUACCCCAAAGCAGAGCCUGCGCCCGUGGCCUCGUCGGCGCCCCCUGCCAGCAGCCUGUACUCCUCACCAGUGACUUCAUCGGCGCCUCUGGCUGAGGACAUCGACCCUGAGCUCGCCCGGUACCUGAACCGGAACUACUGGGAGAAGAAGCAGGAGGAGGCCCGGAAGAGCCCCACGCCGUCCGCGCCCGCGCCCCUGACAGAGCCAGCCGCGCCGCCCGCAGAGGGGCACUCGGUCCCUGCCAGCGCGCUGGAGACGCCCCUCCCGGAGACAGAGUCUCAGCCUGUGGCCCCCUCCAGCGGCCCCUUUGGCGAGCCGCAGUUCCAGAACGGGGAGUCGGAGGAGAGCCACGCGCAGUUUCUGAAGGCCCUGCAGAACGCCGUCACCACCUUCGUCAACCGCAUGAAGAGCAACCACGUGCGCGGCCGCAGCAUCACCAACGACUCGGCCGUGCUGUCCCUGUUCCAGUCCGUCAACAGCAUGCACCCCCAGCUGCUGGAGCUGCUCAACCAGCUGGACGAGCGCAGGCUAUACUACGAGGGGCUUCAGGACAAGCUGGCGCAGAUCCGCGAUGCCCGGGGGGCCCUCAGCGCCCUGCGGGAAGAGCACCGGGAGAAGCUUCGCCGGGCAGCCGAGGAAGCCGAGCGCCAGCGCCAGAUACAGCUGGCCCAGAAGCUGGAGAUCAUGCGGCAGAAGAAGCAGGAGUACCUGGAGGUGCAGCGGCAGCUGGCCAUCCAGCGGCUGCAGGAGCAGGAGAAGGAGCGGCAGAUACGGCUGGAGCAGCAGAAGCAGACCAUCCAGAUGCGGGCCCAGAUGCCCGCCUUCUCCCUGCCCUAUGCCCAGCUCCAGGCCGUGCCCGCGGCGGGGGGUGUGCUCUACCAGCCGUCUGGCCCAACCAGCUUCCCGGGCACCUUCAGCCCAGCGGGCUCCGUGGAGGGCUCCCCCAUGCACACCGUGUACAUGAGCCAGCCGGCGCCCGCGGCCGGCAGCCCCUACCCCAGCAUGCCGGGGGCCGCAGCAGAUCCCGGCAUGGUGAGCGCCUACAUGUACCCGGCAGGAGCCGCAGGGGCGCAGGCGGCCCCCCAGGGCCCAGCGGGCCCCACCGCCAGCCCAGCCUACUCCUCCUACCAGCCCACUCCCACGCAGGGCUACCAGAACGUGGCACCCCAGGCAGCUCAGAGCCUGCCGGCCGUCUCCCAGCCUCCGCAGCCGGGCGCCAUGGCUUACAUGGGGAGCCAGUCGGUGUCCAUGGGCUACCAGCCUUACAGCAUGCAGAACCUCAUGAACACCCUCCCCAGCCAGGACGCACCGAUGCCGCCCCCGCAGCAGCCCUACCUCUCCGGGCAGCAGCCCGUGUACCAGCAGAUGGCGCCCUCAGGGGGACCCCCCCAGCAGCCGCCCCCCGUGGCCCAGCAGCCGCCCGCACAGGGCCCACCGGCACAGGGCAGCGAAGCCCAGCUCAUCUCCUUUGACUGACCCGCGGCUGGGAGCCGGCCACCCAGAGCAACACUACGGUUCUCACAAACCGCCGCCUCCGUCUCUAACUCGCGUCCUCCUGCCUUGCUCUCCUCUUACCGCCAUGUAGUGUCCCUGCUACAGGCAGGGGUGGCCCUUCAGCCCGGCCCCUCCCCCUUUCUGUCCUCUUCUGCUGACUCCGUGCUCCAGGCCCCCCCAUCCCCAUCCCCCCGAGUUGGGUCACUGACUUCUUUCCCCAGGCCCAAGCCUCAGAGGGUGGGAGCAAAGGACCUUCUCUGAGAGGGAGCCCCCGGCCCAGUGUGGCCUGUGAGGGCUGCCGGAGGGGAGCCCUGUCCCCUGCGGCCCGGGCCUGUGGGGCCUGUGGUCCCACUAGUGUGUGUGCCCCCGGCGGUCAGCAGGCGCUCCCGGCCCUCCCGGGAAGGCGGGGCUUCGUCUCCAACUUCUCUGCUUCUGAGCUGCCAUCUCCUCCAGUGCCCCGAGUAGGCGGAAUGGAACACUGAAAAUAAAAUGUCUUUCAAUAAGUA